UGUUCAAGGCUGCUACUAUGAAGGGGAUGAGCAACCAAAUCUUCAUAGUUUGUUCUUAUGGCAUAGCUGCUCUUCGUCUCCUCCCUGCUCCCUUUUUCUCCUUCAGAUCAAGAAUAGUUUCUCCACUCAGCAUCUCCAUCAUCUGCAAAAUUGGCCUUCUUGGGCUAAUUGGGUAAGUCAUACAGGCUGUUAUAUUGUUCUAAUCUCAUUUGACGCUUGAGAUCUAUUGGGUAUCACGUUUUCUUUUGGGUUAAGAAGGUCAAAAGUCAGGCAGUAUUUUCUAUUCUGAUAUUUACUUUUCAUUACUUUGCGUUUUGGAUUUUCAACUUUUACUUUUAUAUUAUUUUAACUUGAAACAAUUAUAUUUUUUUCACUUUUUUAUUUCAAAAAUGAAAAUGAUUGGGAAAACAUUUUUGUUUUGAUUGUUGGAAUUUUUUUAUUACAUAUUGUUAGAUUUCUAUGUUAAUGUGAUGAUUGAUAAAUUAUGAAUUAUUUA